CCCCAAUUGAACUGCUGACACUGGAAGGUUUUCAAAAGAAAAUCAUGUCAGAACAAUAUAUUCAGGUCUCAGAAAGUGAAGGUUACGAGCCAGUAGAAAUACCAAGCGAAGAGGACGGAACCCUUUUGCUGUCAACGUUAUCGGCACAAUUUCCAGGAGCCUGUGGUCUGAAGUACAGGAAUCCACAAUCUGGCAAUUUCAGAGGCGUCAGGCUCAAUGAAGGUUUCUUGUAUCCUCCAGAGGGAUCAUGGGGAGAUGUUAUUUACGUGGUGGUAUUCCCUAAAAUACCUAGCGUCCCACAGGAACAAGAAGAUAAUCAGAUUCACUACAUACCUAGCAUUUGUGAUAAUAAGAGAAAAGGAGAUGAUAUAGAGAAUCCAGGGUCCAAAACUCGACGUAUGGACCAGAAAAGAUGUGUGGAUCUUAUUGUGUUGGGAUUACCUUGGAAGAGUACAGAAGAGGACAUGCGCAAAUAUUUCUCCCAGUUUGGAGAGUUAUUAUUAGUUCAGGUAAAAAGAGAUGGCAAAACUGGACAGUCUAAGGGGUUUGGUUUUGUGAGAUUUGCUGACUUGGAAGCACAAGCCAAGUGUCUGUCACAGCGACACAUGAUUGAUGGAAGAUGGUGUGAAGUUAACAUCCCUGCCUCGAAUGAACAGAGUGGACCACCAAUGAACAGAAAGGUAUUCAUAGCACGUUGUUCUGAGGACAUCACUACUGAUGAUCUUCACAAAUACUUCAGUAAAUUUGGUGAAGUGUCUGACGUGUUUAUACCUAAACCUUUUCGGGCCUUUGCUUUUGUAACAUUUAUGGAUCCAGAGAUAGCCCAGAGUCUCUGUGGAGAAGAUCACAUUAUCAAGGGAACAAGCGUUCAUGUCAGCAGUGCCACUCCCAAAUCACUUGGGAAGUAUGAUGACCAACGACAAGGUGGUCGUGAUAGAGAUGGAAGGAGGGAACGGGAUAGGGGUGAUUAUGAUCGACUUAAACGGAGGGGGGACAACACCCAGUCAAUCAGAAAUGAGACAGCUAUGGAUCAAAAUAUGGGUAUGAAUUUCCUAAACACUGCCAUGUUGGCAGCAGCACAAGCUGUGCUGACGGGACAGGGAGGUUGGGCCGGAAUGGGGACAAACCAACAGCCAGCAGGUAGUCAGGACCAGACUAUGACCCAGAGUUAUCGUGGCUCCAGUCGUCCAGAUAGUGGGAGUCAAAGCUACAGUGGGUGGGCCUAUGAUACUCAAGCUAGUAGUCAAGGAGGUGGGUACAGUGGUUGGAGUGGGAGGGGAGGGGCAAGUGGUUGGAGCUAAAACUAUAAAAUGAAAUGUGAAUUGAGAAAGACAAAGUAUCAGGUGUAGCACAGUCUCUUGAUUUAGCUAUAUAGCUUGAAUUAAAGUUUUAAAGCUUUAUUAAGCUAUUCAGAAUAGCUUGAUAAAGCUUAUAUACAAAAAUGUUUUUUGUAAGAAAUAGAUAAAAAGUCGCAAAUAUAUGUACUAUGGACUAUUAAAAAAGCAACCCAAAUCAAAGAUAGUGAUAACGUUUCAACAUUGAAUGCUUUUAAGCAAAAAUAUUCCAUUGUUUGGAUAACUGCAUGUACACCACCUUGUGUUCCCUGAGGCGUAGAUAAGUAUGAUUGCUUCAAAUUUUGCUGAAUUAUUACCAUUGCAAUCAACUUGUUGACCAGAAUUGACCUUCUUUAAAUUUCAUUCAGUUCCUUUUUAUAGCUCCAUAGUCUCUCAAGGAGACACAGUUUGAUGAGCAAUUAGUAUUGUUUUCAGAAGAGUUCAAGGUUGAAUACUAUUACUGCACCAGGGUGCAACUUUUUGUACAUGCUAAAAGAGUAACACAUUUAAGAAAAUAGUAUGAUUAAAUAGCUAAAUCAAGCUAUUCUGAAUAGCGUAAUAAAGCUUUAUAGCUAAAUCAAGAGAUUGUGUUUGACCUGGUUGUAUGGGAUGGCUUGAGGAACUACAAAUUUUCAAGUAAGGGGUGAACCAUUUUUAUUUUUUUAUGAAA